AUGGAUAUUAAUCAAAAAUUAACGAAGAAGAUGUCACCUCAAACAGAAUCCGAACGUCAAGAAAUGUGUAAUAUACCAUACCAAGAAUUAAUAGGUAGUCUUUUGUUCACCGCACAAGUUUCUCGACCGGACAUCAGUUAUGCGGUUAACUGUUUAAGCCGUUUUAACCAAAAUCCUGGGAAAGCACAUUGGGUAGCAGCAAAGAGAGUAUUGCGUUAUCUGAAGGGAACUUCAAACUUAAAGAUGUGUUAUUCAAGAGAAGAAACAAGCGAAAGUUUAAUCACUGGGUACUGUGAUGCCGAUUAUGCUGGCGAUGUUGAUGAACGAAAGUCAAUCACAGGUUAUAUAUUUAAAAUGCAAGGUGGAGCAAUUUCUUGGUGUUCCCGUAAGCAGCCAACGGUAGCCUUAUCGACAACCGAGGCUGAAUAUAUGGCCAUGAGUAUGGCAAUACAAGAAGUAUUAUGGCUCAAUGGUCUUCAAAAUGAACUUCUACCGGAUGAUAAACAAAAUAUAAUUCUGUUUUGCGACAAUCAGGGUGCUAUAUGUCUAUCAUCGACUACGGUCUAUCAUGCUAGGACUAAGCAUAUAGAUGUUAGACACCAUUUCAUCCGAAAUGUAAUCAACGAUCAACUCGUCAAGAUUCAAUAUUUGAAAACCUCACAAAUGAUUGCAGAUAGUUUGACAAAGAGUCUUCCGACUGAAAAGUCAACCUAUUGUACAAAAUUAAUGGGUCUAAUAAAUUAG